AAGUGAUGUGUGUUAUGCUGUACAUGAUUGGAGAUGGAGAUCUAGAAAGCGUAAAUGUACAUUUAGCUAAUGGAUGUUUAAUCCAUCCAUCUUCCAUAAAAGUUUAUUCGGUACAGGGUGGUGGUGAACCUGGAACCUACCACAGGAAGCAUAUGGGCAAAGGGUGGUGGCACUGGCAUCCUGUCGCUCCUCGUUCAUGGGCUGGAUGAUGGUCCAUUCGUUGGCUUCUUGGUCGUAUCACUCGAUUAUGAUUAGAGGCGAGAAGCGUAAAUGGCCACCCAUUACAUAGAUGGAACCAUUAAUUACGGCCACGCUAACAUUUCAGUGGCACCAGUGCAUCGGUGCCAUGUGCUGCCAUGUCCGUGCGACGGGGUCAAAUCUGCGUACAAUUGUGGCCAUCAAAACCCCCAAAACAAUACACGAAGCCAUUUAAGUACACACUGCCAUGGGCGGACUGGCGAGUCUCCUGCCCCUCCGUUACAUCGACCCAGUGGUCGGCCCGGGUGUCAUAGGCUUCAAUCCAAUUGGUUUUGUGGAAAUUCCAGCCACCAAUGGCCAAUAAGAUGUCAGCGGGCAGGAGUGGGCGGAUCAGUGGCCUUUCUUUUUCUUUUAGUGUGUGUGGGGAGCCACAGCCCCAUCCCUCAGGACAUGAAGCAGACACGGAGGAGGCCCGGAACCCAGACCGCCAGAGGCCCCCCAGGGCAUGGGAGCCCCCGGAGGACCACCGCAGGGAGAAUAGCAGCCCCUCACCCAGAAAAGGGCAGAGGAGAGCUCCGGAGGGAGGCCAUCCGGCAGCCACCGUGCAGGAGCCCCAGGGGGCUGUGGCGGCGAGCUCGCAGGCUCCACUGGCGGCCGGCCCCACCACGGCAAACCAGGCCCUGGGCCCAGAGAUCCAAGGGCCCCCCUACCCCCCAGCAAGGGCCCGACAGAGCCAGGAGGGCCAAAUCCCGCCAGGCAACCGCCGAGGGCGAGCCAGCACCCACCCGAGCACCCAGCCCCGGACAUCGAGAACCACCAACGCACCAGCGGCCGGGGGCCCCAUCCACCGGCAGGGAGUGUGGCGGGGGGGAAUAGAGCCCGAGAUGUUAUUUCGGGUGGAGUCUAGGACCCAACCUGACACAUGCGUAUAGACAAACAGGCACACAUACACAAGCAUACGUUCCCACCCUCAUGCACACAUAAACAAAUAUUUACACAUUCACCCAACAUAGAGAUACACAGAAAUGAACGCUGUACACAUACUCUCACUCCCCAUAUAUACUCUAUGUGGACCCCAUUUUUGUCCUCUGGCGAGGAGACCAGAAGACCACCCCAGACCCCGCAGCAGCCGAGAAGCGCACCAGCCCAGACCCCGACCAGACGGCCAGAUCAGUGGCCUUUCAAAGUCAGAUUGUGGACUUUUAUCGUCGAGAUCAUAUAUGAUCUUCAAUACAUCACUGAUAAUUGGCCUGCACGCCGCAUUGGCCUUCACCAGAUCGUUAGCUUUGACGAUCUUCAUAAAGUACGCCGGAUCCAUACGAGCCAUGCGAACCUACACAGGAAACAAGAAUGAGAGAAUUUCCAUGAGUUCCUUUGUGCUUUCUGUGAAUCUCUGGAGAUGAGCAAUUUCUAACAUUAAGAAUACAGCAGUAAGUGCAAAUUUUAAUUUCUUUAGCUGAAGCCAUUUACAUAGAAAGUCUCAGAUGUGUCAGCUAACACUUGUUUAAUGUAAGAUAUUUGAGUGUGUUGUUUUCCAUUAUUUGUUACACUCUCCUCCCAGGUGUAAUACCUGGAAGCCUUGGUUGUAGACUUAUCGGACAUGGAAAUGGAGGUUCGGUCUCUAGCUACAGUAAUAAGGACUUCACUCAAUGAGCAUUCUAUUGUUAUAUACACAAGUCAAUGCGAACAUAGUAUAACUAUACUCACCUUGGGCAACAGAACUGAAAUGUGGGCCUCUCGGGUGGCAGGCUCGUGCUCGAUCCACUGGAGGAUGGCCUCAAACACCGCAUCUUCCUGUUUCACAUUCAGCUCAUCCUUCUCAAUAAUGUCGCAAAGUUCU